UCUUCCGCAUUGCUGAAGAUAAACAUUUGCAAACAAUUGGUUUAAGAGAGGAAACUUCUUUAACUUCUUCAAUCGACUCGUGUUAUAAGCUACUGAGAAUGCCUGUUUGUGUUUGUAAUACAUUGUUGACAUUGACAUGUAUUGUAGCCGUAUAUGUGUUGUAUCAUUUUACAACAAUAUUUGUUUGGACAGUAACAACUGGAUUAGUUACUCUUUUCUUGUCUGGUGCAAUUAGUGGAAAAAACGGCCAUAGUAAGGAUUGUUUAGGCGCUGGAAUAUUUGAUUCAUUACUGGCUGUUGUUUUUGUGAUUGUAGUAGCCAUGUUGGCAAAGGGUUUACACUAUGGAUACACUUUCACAACAUGUUACUUUAAUGAAUGUUGCGACGACAACUGGAUCUCUCCAAAUAUCAUAGGCCUUGCAUUCCAACUUAAUAAAAAGUUGUACGGUCAACACCUAGUGAUUGGUCCUUUGGUGAAACACCUAAGAGGUCAUGUUGAAGGGCAACAUCAAAAAGCAACAAUACUUUCUUUACAUGGUCUGCCUGGAACGGGAAAAAACUUCGUGAGUCGCAUGGUGGCAGAAAACAUGUAUGUCAAGGGAAUGGAAAGCAAAUACGUUCAUCUCCUUUCAGCUACGAAAGAUUUUCCUCAUGAAAGUAUGCUAAAAGAAUACAAGGAGAAGCUAAAAUUGAAAAUAGAAACAGCUGGUAAAGAAUGUUCAAGGUCACUCUUUAUCAUUGAUGAAAUGGAUAAAUUACUUCCUGGUUUGAUUGACACUAUCCGCCCUUACGUUGAUUACUACGACCACGUGGAAGGAACAUACUUUAAGAAACUUCUAUUUCUCUUCUUAAGUAACACGGGCGGAGACAGCCUUGCUAAACAUGCUGUGCAAAGUUAUAGACGCGGAUAUGACAGAAGAGAAUUGAGUCUAAAGGAUAUGGAAGAAAUUGUACGAAUUUCAUCGUUAAAUGAACCAAAUGGUUUGGUGAACAGUAGCAUCGUCAAGAAUAGCCUUAUUACCGCUUAUAUCCCAUUUCUACCAUUGGAAAGGAAACAUGUUGAAAAAUGCAUUGUAGACGGACUAUUUGCAAGAGGCUUUUAUGCGUAUGAAUACCAAGUAGAUUAUGAUUUAGUGAAAUCAAUUGCAGAGGAAAUGUUGUACUUUCCUGAAUUUAAUAAGUUAUUUUCAACAACUGGUUGCAAACGUGUUAUGGAAAAAAUUGAUUUGAUUAUGUUAGAAGAGGCAUAAAAUUUUACAUUCCGUGUGACUGUUUGUUAGAUUUGACAUACAUUUUGUUUAAACAUCUUUCAUUUCUCAGAAUAUAUAUAUACAUGUUUCAAUUUCCAAUAUACACAAAGCAUUUCAAAUAUUGUAACAAAAUAGGAUUAGAAUAGAAGACAAAGUGUCUUAUGAAAUUCUUACCCUUAGUGAGUAGUUGACAUAUAAUAGGCGCUUAAACCAAAAUAUGUUCAAUAAUCUGAGAAAAAUACAAAACAAAAUCAGUGAGUUUGUAUGUGAAUGCAUUUGUAAAUGAUUAGAUUAUGAUCAUAGAUAUGUUUUAUAAUUACUGAAAAUGAAAAAUCUGUAGGCUUUAUGUAUCUCUUUUUUAUGUGUAUUUUUCAAUUGGAUUUAGAUUCGGACAAAAAAUGAUUUAAACAUUUGUAUCGCCAUAUUUGAAUACAUGGGAUACAAGUAUGGCUACCAGUAAGGUACAAGUAACAAACCAUAUAUGCAAGUAUAUAAAAGCUUUAUCUGACUUUCUCGGAUAAGAAAGAACAAAGAAAAAAACCUUGUGAUAUGUGUUUUACAAUGCUGAAAAGUAAUGGCCAAUUGUACACUGAGAGUGGGAUUGCUUGUUUUUGCAUGGAUUUACCAUUCUCACCUAUUUUGGUCUCAAGAAGCCAAUCUUGUCAAAAUUAUAAAUGAGUCGCAAAUUCGAGAAAAUGUGAUUGUGACCUUACCUUGACUGAUGACUUAGGGUUUAACUCAAAAUCAAAAUUGUAGCCAUUUGGAAUGUAAGUAAUGUUCUUGUUUAUUUCUUUAAUUUAAUCUGGUGACAUAGUUUUUUACCAAAGAUGACCUAUACUCGAUCCCAUCCUAGAUAUCAUUAAGAUGAACAUAAUGAUACAGUUUGUUGAUGAUCAAAUCAAAAUUUGAACUGUAAGCAACGUUUUCCUUUUCCUCUACACAUUAUAAGCAAUGUUGUUUCUUUUAUUUUCAUGGUGACCUUAAUGUCUGACCCAUGAAAUCCUAUCUGCGAAUUUAUCUGAGAUAGCUCUGAGAUUAUCAUUUUGGCAAUAUUUGGUGACAGUCAAGUUAAAAUUAUGACUUCUAGAAUGUUAAGCUUUUCUUGACCUAGUUUUUUACAAAAUGUGGCCAAUAUUCUAACUCAUUUAAGGAACUUUUUAUAUGCACAUUCUGGCAAAGUUUGAUGAAGAUCCAAUCAAACCUGUGAUCUCCUCAACAGAGGACGACGGAUCGAAUGACCUAUGCUAAUAGCUCACUUAAGUAACAACUCAGGUGAGAUCAACAUCUUUUAUCUCAUAUCCACAAGAACAGGUUGCAUCCAGGGACAAAUGAUUGCAAAAUAAAUAGAAGUUUAAGUUACUGCAUGCUUUUUAAUCUGCAAUGUAAACGGUGGGAUUUCUUUCAAUUUUCGGGUAUCAUUUUAGUUUUUCAAUAGACAGAAAUUCAGCUUUUACAAAGCUUUGAAAGGUGAUAAAUUAUCUACAGAUCUUGUUUCAGGUUUGUAAGUUGCUCCAUAACAUCACAGACAAAGGCACUAAAUAAGAAAUAAUAAAUUUGUUCGUUUGCAUAAAGUGCAAAGCUAUCAGUGUUUUCAAGAUUCCAAGUUUUAAAGCGUAUAGUGUUUCGUUUUGAACCUUUCUGGGAAAAGUCUAAGUAGUAAGGAACAUAUCCUUUAUAAAUUAUGUACGCUGUGUUUUUUGUUCUUCUAUCUAUGUUAUUAAAAGAGCCAACUCAUUUGUUAAUACAUGUAUAUAAGUUUGAAGAGAUACUGAAAGGGUUAGAUUGCUUACUAUUUUGCCUGCCCCUUGUUUUAUUUUUCUACAGUAUCUUGUAUGUAAAAGAAAUAAUUUUGAAAAAAAAUGAUGCUAAAUGUAUGUGUUUAUUAUAGAUAUGCUGCUAUUAUUUUAGUAAAAACAAGUGCAAUCAGAAUCCACAAGGUCACUGUUUUUUUUCUAAAUUUAGAAGAAAAAUAUUGUUAAAAUUCGAUUGAUACAAUGUGUAUUCAGGUUAUUCAAAGAUGGAAUAUUUCAAUUUUGCUCAUUCAUGUCUCAUAAGUUUCAGACUUUAUAUUCUAUAUAUGACUAUAAAAUGUUAUGUGAAAUUUUUUGUCCUGUUUCAAGCUUCAAGAAUUCCCGUUCCAAGCAUCAUAAAUUAAAUUUACCUAAAGGGGCUACAACUGCUAUUAUCCUGUUCUGUACAGAAACCAAACUGUACUUUAUUACCUCCCUUGUAAUAAAUAAACAAAUACGAUCUCGUAUUUGUAGAAAAGGGAAAACAACAAAGACACUGGAUGGAUAGGUAAAACUAGUAUUGUUUUCACCAAAUUGAAAAACAGAAAAAUCAUAUUUAUGGUAUCUGUUCACAAAAUGGCUAUCUGCUAAAGACAAAAGCUCAAGAUGUGUCUACCUUGCAAUUCAAUGAAUAUUCACUAAAAUUAACGGUAGAUAUAUAGGCAUCAAUGAAGUGUACAUUGACGCACAACAUUUAUUCUAUUUAUCUCUUACAUUUUGUUCCACCAGCUACAAAACAAUUUUCGGGCCAACAUUUUCUGUUACAGCUGUGAUUUUGCACUUUAGACAUCGAAAUAAAAACCUUUUGCCUAUUAAAAAAAGUACUUGAAAAGACAUUAGAUUUAGCAAGAGCCUAUUUAGCAUGAAUUGUCAAUUUUACACAAACACAAAAAUAUUUAUGUUUUCUAUGAAGGAAGCAUGGUAGUUAAUAAUCUUAUCUGUUCUAUUCCAUACCAAUUGUUACAUAAUAAUGGCAGAACAUGCAAUUCACCAGAUUUAUUUCUAUUCUUUAUAUAUCAAUUCUAUGGAAAGUGUGACUUCUUUAUUUCAAAAUUGCAUGUUAGCUUAAAACAUUUAGUCUAACUUACAUCAAUGGUACUUCCACUGUCAAAAUUUGUAUAAUGACCAAAUUUGUAACGGUUACUUCUUUCAGAAAUAUAAUUUAUUUGGCUUGUUAAGGAAAAAAAUUCAAUACCGUAACAUAAAUAAAUGACGUAUUAGAAUAAAAUCAGUAAAUAUAUAAGCUAUACAUUAUAGCAAAUAAGAAUAAAGAAAGCAUUUUACCUUAAUUGUUAAUAAUAUAUUAACUUCACUUCUGCUGUGUUUUUUUAAAGAAUAAUCACCACUUUGGCAUGUAUGGAAUCAAUACACUAAAUUUCUGACAUAAACAAGGAAUGAAUAAUUAUGAUCGCUGUUUUAUUGUUGUAGUUGUUGUUGUUUUUUCAAAUGUGUUUGCAUGCAUAUUUGAACAAUGUUUUAUGAAAGAAAGAAUGUGUAUGCAAUGUAAAAAUGUAUAUAAAUAUUGAACUUUUAUGAACUGUAACACUAUGAAAUACUGGUGUAAUAAAGUUUGGCAUGUUUUACCUUCAUGGUGAAGAAUUUUUAUACAAACUGUUUUCAACUUAUACAAUUUCUAUAACACUUAAAUUGUUGUGUGAAUCCCUCCAUCUCUUUAAGUUAUUAUUUGCAUUUGUAAGGUCUCAAAAA